AUGGAUGUUCCUCAUGAAGCACUGGCCAAGGAGCUGUCGUGUCCGGUGUGUCUGGAGCUGUUCACCCCUCCUGUGCUGGAGCUACCAUGUGGUCACAACUACUGCAAGCAAUGCAUUGAGGCGACACUCUUCUCUCAGAACUGCACCCACCUCACCUACCUUCGAGGAAGGGGCAUCGCCAUUCUAAAGCGAAAUAUUUUCGCUGAAAACGUGCUGGAGAAAUUCAAGCAGGAGCUGAAAAUGAUGUGCAGCAAGGAGCAGAGGCAACAGACCCAAACGUGUGAGAAGCACGAAGAGGAACUUGUGAAUCUGAUGUGCCUACAGGAUGACGUGCCCAUCUGCAGCAUUUGCAAGCUAUUUGGAGACCACCAAUGUCACGACGUCGCUAAACUGUCAGACGUUUAUCAGGAGAGGAAGAAACGUUUCACUGAAGAUAUGGAGUCACUGCACAUUAGGAACGAGAGCAUUUCUGGAACCAUCCAGGAAAUUGAGAAGCAUAUAAACGACACCGUGUCCUCCUGCAAGGAUGUGAAGGCGAUGAUUGAUGCGGUGGGGGCAAGUCUGAUGAUGCAGCUGAAGUCCAAGAUCGACGCCCUGCAGAUGGAGGUAGACAGCGAGAGGGUCCAGAGGAUCGAGAAGCUGCAGGAGAUCUUAGCUGACCUGCACGGGCCCACACAGCUCUACCUGCAGAUGAAACAACUGCUGGACUCCCACCUGAACGCUGCGCACUUCCUCAGGCAGGACAAGCCGCUGCGGGCCGAAGCAGACAGACUCGCUCAGGAGGUCCUGCCCCAGAUCCCGAAGGAAGGCAGCAUUUCUGUGGCGCGCUACUUCAAGGAGCUGGUCAAAGGCAUCGACAUGAAAGACUUCAGCUCCCCGGGAAUGAACAAGGCACUGCUGAAGAGCAGGGGGGAGGUAGGUGCCUGGGUGUCCGCCUGCUCCACCCUAAACAUCCCUCCGGCCAAUGAUCUGGACCAGGUCAUUCACAAAAUUAUGUGCAACCUGGGAUUUAAAGGCAGUGGAACAGAUGAGUGUGAAUUCUUUUUAUCAACUUCAAGUGCAUCCCACUGCAUCAACACACCCCAGGAGAUGGAAGAGUUGCCAGUGGAGAGGACGGACUUAUAA